CCAGAGUGAAAAAGAUUUUAAAGUUCCAGAGAUCAAGGACUUUUAAUAUAUAAAGUUCUAGCAUUCCGUUUUAAUCCGUUUAAUUAAAAAAAGACUGUUUUACUAAUAAAACUAUUCGGUUCUCUUGAAAGAAUAUAUAAUUAUUGAUGAGACAAAUUAAACCGCAUUUGCGAAAUACUGUGAUUACCAAUCAAGAAAAUUUAGUUUUAUCGAGCAACAUUUGUUGAUCAGUUCAAUAAUAGUGUGUUUUGUUUUACAAAUAUAUAUUACAGUGAUUAUUGAUAAAUUUGCUGAUUAACAUUUAUUUAAAAGCUGCGGCAAACAACUUGUGAAAGCUCACUUCGAGAGUCACGAAGAUGAAGAAAGUGUUGUUGUUGAUAAUCUGCAUUCAAUUUGCAUUAACUGUUGUUGGCAGGCAUCACAGGGACAGUGAUUUUUUGAGCCACGUACAGCUGGUGCAUCAAUUUCAAUGUUCGUUGCCCCAACCAAGGGCAAUCGCAGUAGAAGAUCUCUUGACCAUGGGUCUUGGGCCUGACGAAGCUUUUUAUCCUGCAUCCACAGUUCUGACACGCUGCACUGGAUCGGGAUGCUGUCCUGAUCCCAAACAGAUUUGCGCUCCGAUCGAGACCAGGAACGUCAGCCUCGUUUUCAUGGUCAGACAUCGCAUUGAUCAACAACGAGACCGUCACCAUGAAGUUAUCCAUGCUGUGGAGCAUACCAAGUGCGCCUGCAUGGAUAAAAUUCUGCCCAUGAAGAACUCCAGAUUUUAAACAAGAAAAAUACUUUUUUAAAUCUGUCUUUUCAACCAACCUAAUAUAGAUAAAUGUUGACUUAAAAUGAUGACGAUUUUAUUUGGAAGAUUAGAAUUUUAUUUUCUCAAAGGAGAACUCCUCUUUCUCGAAAUUGAAGAAGAGAUAAAGAAUGACCGUUUCUUCUUUAAUUCUUAUCAAUUUCUACUUAUUCUACCAAGUUUGGGUGAAAAAUCUAAAAUAAUUACAUAUGCAUAUAUAUUUCAAAUCUUUAUUCUAAAUAUAUUUUGGAACGUAUUUAAUUUUCUAUUUUAGAAUCGUAGAUCUCGAUUAAAUUAGAUUAGAUUAUGUUAGAUUGCACUAGUGAACUAUCGUUUAGAUCGUAUUUAAAAAAUUACUAUGAUAAA